GAUCCCCAAACCUCUCCGCCGCCGAUCGGCCGCUCCGGCUCGCCCGCCAUGGCCGCCUUCGCCUCGUCCUCGGCCUCGCUCUCCCGCCUCCUCCGCGCGCGCAAGCCAAGCCCCUCGUCGCCUCCUCCAUCCCGCCGCGCCCCCGCCCUGCUCCCCCUGCCGCGACGCGGGCGGCGCUCAGCCUCUGCCGUCUCCGCCGCCACCUCCGAGCUCCUCUCCGCUGCCCCUUCACUCAAGUCACGCCUCGCCGCCGGGAAGACCCUGUAUGGCUUGUUCCUCCUCUCCUUCUCCCCCACCCUCGCCGAGCUCGCCGCGCUCGCCGGCUACGACUACGUCGUCGUCGACAUGGAGCACGGCCCCGGCGGCAUUCCCGAGGCGCUCGCCUGUCUCCGCGCCCUCGACGCUGCCCGCACCCCCGCGAUCCUCCGCCUCCCCGAGGCCUGCUCCAUCUGGGCCAAGAAGGCGCUCGACCUCGGCCCCGCGGGUCUCAUGCUUCCCGCCGUCGAGUCCCCCGCUGCUGCGGCCGCCGCCGUGUCGCACUGCCGAUACCCGCCCCGUGGGGUUCGUGGCGCCGCCCACCCCAUCGUCCGCGCCUCCGUGUAUGGCCUCGACGACUCCUACCUCUCCCGCUGCGAGGACGACACCCUGAUCAUUUGCCAAGUCGAGACUGCCGCUGGCAUUGCAGAGGUCGACGCCAUUGCCGCCGUUGAUGGCGUCGACGUCGUCCAAAUGGGGCCACUCGACUUGUCAGCCAGCAUGGGGUACCUGUGGGACCCAGGGAACAGGAAGGUGCGAGCCAGGCUGAGGGAGGCCGAGAAGAAGGUGUUGGAUGCCAGGAAGAAGAAGGUGACUGCUUCAGAUGGCAACGUGGCAUAUUUAGGCGGAUUUGCGAUGCCGAAUGACCCAGCUGAGCAGCUCAAGUUGAGGGGGUACCAUAUGGUGGCUGGUGCAGCGGACAUUGGGAUGUUCCGAAAGGCGGCAUUGGAGGAUGUUAAGCGGUUCAAGGAGGCAGUGAUGGAAAUUGGUGAGGAGGGAGAUGAAUAUGGGGAUGAAAAGAAGGACAAGGAGGAUGACGGGUACUGGAGUGAGUAAGCUUAGCUGAGCUGAAGAAGAGCAAGGAACUGGUGAUGGUGUCUUCUGUUUAUCUUCUGAAUUGAGAUUGAAUUGGUCCAAGUGUUCUUUUAUGGGAUUCCAAUCCUAUUUUCCAGGCCCAUAGUGUACUCUUAUUUAGUUAUUGGUUCUUGGGUUGAUUUUUAGGAGAACAUGUUUGGGCAUCUUCCCAUUUGUAGGUGGUAACAUCUGAGUACCAAUAAAAGUCAGAUUUUAUCUCAUCCAUUCAAAAAACAUUGGAUUUUCCAGAACUGUUGCUGUAGUAUCCUAUAUUUUCCUUUUAUUUGCACAUCCAGUGAAACUAAAUUUCUUUUUUUGUCAAGCAUCAUAAAUUAUGUCAUGGGAAAAAAGGUGCAGCUCUUAAGUACUUCUCUCUGGAUUGUUGGUGUUG